AUGUCUCGUGACUGGAAAUCUUCUCUUUCCACCGUUGAAAGACUUGGCAUUAUACAAAAUCUCCAAGCAUCCCUCCCAAAGGAAAAGCGCAAUGAAGCCAUCGCCAUCGAGCAGAGCGCUUACCAAAACUCAACCACGCGGGACGAGUACGUUGCAGCCGUCAGUGCGACUUCCCCAGCCAGCCCCCUCCUGGACGCUCCGCCAAAUCCAUCAGCAGGCACCCGCAUCGGCAGGUACCUCCGCUGUCACCCCGUUGCGCAAGGCGUCACAUCAGAAGUAUAUCGAUGCGACAACCGCGCUCUCAAAGUCAUCGUCGCGCAUCGGAACAUAGAGCCUCAUAAUCCCCAGCGUGAAGCGGCCAUCCUCUCUGAACUUUCCGCCUUGCGCCCCCCGCCAGAGCACAUCGUCUCUCUCGUCGAGACAUUCCGCGAUCAGGAGCAGCGUUUGGUGCUUGCUUUCCCCUACCUGCCGCUCACUCUGGAUGCUCUUCUUGCAGGGUCGACGAAGAGCUUGCCGUCGAGUCAAGUCGUUCCCAUUUUCGCAAAUCUUGUCAACGCUCUCGCUUCGAUCCACAAACAAGGCAUCAUUCACCGCGACAUCAAGCCAUCCGCUGUACUGCUUCAAUCUUCCUGUGGACCAGCAUAUCUUUCUGAUUUCGGAUCGGCUUGGCAUCCUCGCUUGUCGAGCUACACUGAGAGGCCGGCAAACAAGAUUCUUGACAUUGGGACGGGGCCAUACCGUGCUCCGGAGGUUCUGUUCGCGAGCAAGGCCUACGAUACGUCUGUGGACAUGUGGGCCUUGGGCGUCAUGCUAGCCGAAGCUAUUAGCAGUCCUCCGGAAGCGCCGUUUGAGUCGCGUCCCGCGCACGAGGACGGCAACCAGCUUGGCUUGAUUCUGAGCAUUUUCAAGACGCUGGGCACACCUACUGAGGAGAUGUGGCCCGAGGCAAAACAGUUCAAGGUCUCGCCAUUUGAGCUGUGGGCUGUGUUUCCGCCAAAGAGCUGGGAGGAGGUUUUGCCCAACGCAGAUGCAGACAUGAGGUGUCUUGUCGCUGACUUGGUUUGCUACGAGUCUAGUAAUCGGCUUACAGCUGCCCAGGUAUUGGAGCAUCCGUGUUUUACAAAUCGCGACGGAAGCAACAAAUCGUAA